UUGAAAUAUUAACCAUGGUUGUUGGCUCAGUGUUGGGCAGGGGCUUCUCUCUGAGCUUUAACAGGAGUGAGAGAGGGAGAGUGGUGAGGAGAGAGACAGCUCCCUCUGAUUGCCAAGAGCUCCUUCUCUUUCGCAGUAUCAUUAUACGAUUUCGAUUUAGUUCAGUUUUUUUUUUUUUAUCAUUUAUGGAAAUUUUAGAUUCUCAGAUCUAUAAAUUUGAUAUUUUCUUGAUGUUUUUCAUUGCGGUAAUCAUCACUUUUUGAUCAGGAGAUGAUCACUGAGAAAAUAUUUUCCUGUAGUUUCUCGUCCUAGAAGUUUUUUUUUUUUCCUCGAGAAAGUUUGUGGUUUUUUCUUCUUCUUCUCUUCUUCUCUUGUUUCAGAUCUAAGCUGAGAGGGAAGAGAUGUAAGAUAUUCGUUUCUAGGGUUACCAUUUUCUUUGAGUCCGAGGUAGUUAUGGAUCUGUAGAUCUGAAUGAGUGGUUUCAAAGGAUCUUUUCGGAGAUCGAGUGAGAUAUCCAGAAUUUUGCCCGAGAUCUUGGUUUUAUAAGGAAAAAAAGCUUUGUUUAAUCGAGUGUGAGAAUUCAAAACCAGAUCUUGGCUGUUUGUCUGGAAGGUUGUGGACUUUUGGAUUGGCUUAGAGCUAGAUUUACUGUAUCUGUAGUUUUAUUGCGUGCUUUUGAAGAAUGAAUUAUUUUCCUGAUGAGGUUUUGGAGCACGUGUUCGACUUCCUGACGUCCCACCGAGACCGCAAUACGGUGUCUCUGGUGUGCAAGUCAUGGUUUAAGGUGGAGAAAUGGAGCAGGCGUAGGGUCUUCGUAGGGAAUUGUUAUGCGAUUAGUCCUGAAAGAUUAAUCGCUAGGUUUCCUAGGGUUAGAGCUCUUACUUUGAAAGGAAAGCCUCACUUUGCUGAUUUUAAUUUGGUUCCUCCUGAUUGGGGAGGUUUUGUUUAUCCCUGGAUUGAAGCCAUGGCCAAGAGUAAUAUUGGGUUAGAGGAGCUCAGGUUGAAGAGAAUGGUGGUUUCGAAUGAAGGCCUGGAGCUGCUUGCUCGAUCGUUCGUGAAUUUCAAGUCUCUGGUUUUAGUCAGCUGUGAAGGGUUUACCACCGAUGGACUUGCAGCCGUUGCUGCAAAUUGCAGGUUUCUUAGAGAGCUUGACUUGCAAGAAAAUGAAGUUGAGGAUCGCAAAGGCCAAUGGCUUAGCUGCUUCCCUGACAGCUGCACAUCACUAGUCUCCUUGAAUUUUGCAUGCCUCAAGGGAGAAGUUAAUUUGACUGCCCUUGAAAGACUGGUGGCAAGAUGUCCUAAUCUCAAGAGUUUGAGGUUGAACCGUGCGGUGCCCCUUGAUGCACUCCAAAGAAUUCUUAUGCAUGCACCUCAACUUGUGGACUUAGGCACUGGUUCUUAUGUUCAUGAUCCAGAUGCUGAGACCGUCAACAAACUUAUAAGUACCUUCCAGAAGUGUAAAUCAAUUAGGAGCAUGUCAGGGUUUCUGGAAGUUGCUCCUCUAUGCCUGCCAGCUAUUUACCCCAUUUGCUCAAAUCUGACCUCCUUGAACCUGAGUUAUGCUCCAGGGAUUCAUGGAGAUGAGCUGAUAAAGCUAAUCCGCUACUGCAGGAAACUUCAGCGACUGUGGAUAUUGGAUUGCAUUGGAGACAAGGGACUAGGAGUUGUCGCUUGUACUUGUAAAGAAUUGCAGGAAUUGAGGGUUUUUCCUUCUGAUCCGUUUGGGGUUGGGAAUGCUGCUGUAACCGAAGAAGGUCUUGUUGCUAUAUCCUUUGGCUGCCCCAAGCUUCAUUCAUUGCUAUACUUCUGCCAGCAGAUGACCAAUGCAGCACUCAUAACUAUAGCCAAGAAUUGCCCCAAUUUUACACGCUUCAGGUUGUGCAUUCUGGACGCUACAAAAGCUGACCCUGUGACCAUGCAGCCACUAGAUGAAGGUUUUGGGGCAAUUGUUCAGUCAUGCAAGGGUCUCAGACGGUUGUCCCUCUCUGGCCUUCUAACUGACCAGGUUUUCCUUUAUAUUGGAAUGUAUGCUGAGCAGCUUGAAAUGCUUUCAAUUGCAUUUGCCGGUGAUAGUGACAAGGGAAUGCUAUAUGUACUGAAUGGCUGCAAGAAGCUUCGCAAGCUAGAGAUUAGGGAUUGCCCCUUUGGGAACGUGGCACUUCUGACGGACGUGGGAAAGUAUGAGACAAUGCGAUCCCUUUGGAUGUCGUCCUGUGAAGUUACCCUUGGAGGCUGCAAGGUACUUGCGGAGAAGAUGCCAAGGAUUAAUGUGGAAAUUAUAAACGAAUACGAUCAGAUGGAGUUUGGCUUUGAUGAUAGGCAAAAAGUAGAUAAGAUGUUCCUUUAUCGGACAUUGGUUGGGCCAAGGAAAGAUGCACCACAUUUUGUGUGGACUUUGUAGAUGCAGCCUGGCUCUUCCAGAUAUUUUUUAUUAUCUAGUAGUUGUACUUUGUUUAGGUGAACUGAUUACUGGAUUUUUAGUUAAUGCAGAAUUAGGGGUAUGUUCUUGUUUAAUUUACUAGAGAUCUCUUGUUUGUAAUUCUCAUUAUCAUAUAUAGAUCUUUGUUAGUAUUUUUGGCAA